AUGCUCAUGCUGAGAGUAGACGUUUUAACCUGCUACUUGCGGAAGAAGCAAACGUGGCGGAUGUCGCCUGCUGUUUGCGAGACAGGCUGGGUCUGCCACAGCACAUUCAACUGGAGCUGCCGCAGGCGAAGUGCAUGUGCAGGUGCCGGCAACAGCUUUGAUGAGACUUCCAGAAGAGGUGGAGCCCGUCCCGGCCAGCGCCGUGCUCAACACAGAGCUGGCGCACGAACGGGCGCUGAUGGCAUGGACAAGAACGAGUUUGGCGACGACAAAAAUGAUGCGACUUCUUUGGAAUUGGCAGUGUUUUGCUUCGCCUUCGUGCCCAUUGCCUACGACAAGAGAUUCAAAAUCUCCUACUCCAUGAUCUUAAGCAUUGCCCUGGUGGUCGUAGCGACUCUGGCGCUGCUAGUUGGAUGGCAACGCUAUCAUCAGGUGAAACAGCUGGGAAUGCUGAGGGCAAGACGCAUCGACGUUCGCCCUGCAUUCUUUUGUGUCAUUCUUUAUGUGGUCCUUUGCUGUGGCUGUGUGGUUCUGAAAUUCUGA